CUCCCGCAUUUCACAAACUCAUCAUUAUCUCGUUUCCCUUGAUCUCCUCUCUUCAACUCCCUGCCGACUCCCAAGUCCCAACUCCCCCAGCCCCCCCAGGUCUCACGCCGCCGGUCGCCGCCCUCCCGCCUCCGCCGCCCGCGAGAUCCCCAGAGCGACGGCCUUCCAGCCUCCCCCGUCCGGCCGCCUCCCUGCCGGAGGACCGGAGCCAGAUUGCUGGUCCCGCCCCGUCCCGUCCCCCCACUGGCCAGCGCCGUUCUCUGCUCCACUCAACCGGCGACCCCUCCCGCGGACGCGGCAGGCCGAGGCGUGAUGUGCGGAUCGGAGCAUGGACGUGAUCGCCUCGCCCAGUAGAAGCUGCAGCAGCCGUCGCGGGAGCAGGGUGUGCGCCGUCUACUGCCAUGACGAUCUACCUAGCUCGGGAGGCUUCCAAGGUAUGGAGGAAGGUGUGCGCGGAGACGACGACCGAGCUGCCGAUGCUUCGCGAGAAGUGGCCGCUACUCCUCGCUGGGAUUGUGUUCCAGUAUAUUCAUGGGCUGGCUGCUCGAGGAGUGCAUUACUUGCAUCGGCCUGGACCACUGCUCCAGGACCUGGGAUUUAUGGCCCUUCCAGAGCUUGGACAAGACAAAAAUUAUCUUAGUGAAUGCACAUUUGUUUUCAUCUUCUUCUCCUUUUUUCUGUGGACCUUUCAUCCUUUUAUUUAUCAUAGCAAACGCUUCUACACCAUCCUAAUCUGGCGCAGGGUGCUUGCUUUUUUAGUUGCUUCACAGGUUUUAAGGAUCGUUACAUUUUAUUCAACCCAGCUCCCAGGUCCAAACUAUCACUGUCGCGAGGGCUCAAGUAUGGCCACUCUUCCACCACCCAAUAAUGUGCUUGAAGUGCUCCUAAUUAAUUUUCCUCGAGGAGUAAAUCUUGGGUGUGGUGAUCUUAUAUUUUCAUCCCAUAUGAUUUUCACUCUUGUUUUCGUUCGAACAUAUCACAAAUAUGGCUCAAAAAGGUUUAUUAAGCUCCUUGCCUGGAUGAUGGCUAUAAUUCAAAGUCUCCUUAUUAUUGCCGCUCGCAAGCACUACACCGUGGAUGUUGUUGUUGCCUGGUAUGCCGUUAAUCUAGUCGUCUUCUUCGUGGACACCAAGCUCCCAGAAAUGCCGGACCGUACAAACGGGUCGCCCUUGAUUCCGCUGAGCAACAAAGAUAAAGAUGGAAGGCCAAAGGAUGAGAAAGACGUGAGGCUGAAGGACGAGUUCCAUAAGCUGUUGAACGGGAACCAUGGGGAUGCGACUGAUCGGCGGCAGCGGGUGCAGAUGAACGGGAGGCACGCCGAGGAGGACAUGAGCAUGCUCUCCGACGCCACGCCCAACGGCACAUGAGAUGAGCGGGCGUUUUGUCUCGGCGCGCCCAAGGAGAAUCCUGUGGGCGACCCUUUCUGUAUGCAUGCAUGCAUGCUCGAACCGAAGCAGCCCCACCCGUCGUUCAGCUGAGCCACCCUCCAUUGCAUUGGCUUGGCCUUCCCUUCAACAACACCACCAAAAAGAUUGACGAUGAAUGUGGGUGUAAUGUAUAUAUCGACCGACCAGCUUAAUUCUAUGAUCACCUAUCGAUGCAUUCA